AUGAUACAUCAUAGGGUUUUCAAGAGCGCCUCCUUGGCGCCCUCCGCCGCUCGCACGCUGGAUAAAGAGGCGGCCGCCGGUGUCUCCUUCCUGCUGCUUCCUGGAGCUGCCGCCAUGGCCAUGCUGCCUGCGGGCCGGGUCGGCACCGCGAUCCGCCAGCUGCUGCGGCAGCAUCAGCCACGAGCCUGCAUUUUCAGGAUGCUGAAGGCCACCUGCUCACCACGAAGUGAAGUCCUGGCAAGUCCUCCUCUGGACACUGCCCCCAAAGAAUACUCACCCAAGAUUCAACAGCUAGUUCAGGACAUUGCUAACCUUACCCUGUUGGAGAUCUCUGACCUGAAUGAGCUGCUGAAGAAAACCCUCAAGAUUCAAGAUAUGGGUCUCAUGCCAAUGACUGGGAUGAUGGCACCGGCACAACCAGCAGCUCCGCCUGAAGAAGAGGAAGAUAUCCCCAAGAAGCCAGUGAAAAUAAAUUUCUCAGUAAAGUUGACUGACUUGAAGGCUGCAGAGAAGGUGAAACUCAUCAAGGAAGUGAAGAAUUGCAUGCAAGGUCUAAACCUUGUCCAGGCAAAGAAGUUGGUAGAGUCUCUUCCUCAAGAAAUCAGGGCGAACGUUUCUAAAGAAGAAGCAGAGAAAAUCAAAGUGGCUCUGGAGGCAGCAGGAGGGACUGUGGUUGUGGAGUAACAGGGUCAGCCUGGCUGCCAAAGGACAAGAACAGAGCAGGAGACGGUUCUGUGGCCUGUGUCGCCCACCCUGGGCAUUCACCUGCUGACUGGUGUGGGGGGUCCUGUACAGUUCCAGGAUGCAGCCCCCCCAUGGGUUUAUUGCAGUGGGGCUUUUCACUGGGAUGGCCCAGUGCUGAUGAAUGUCAUCAGUUCCAUGAGGUCUGCUGUUUGUACCAGCACUGUAAAGAACGGAAUCUAUAAAGAAUACCUAUGUGGAAGAACGUGGAA